CUCCCCAUCUCAGAUCCCCUUUUUGCCCUCUCUCUCUCUCUCUCUCUCUCUCUCUCUCUCUCCGAAAAUGUCAUCGUCUUCUGUAAGCAGGCACCAUGCCUACAGCAGGAAGCAGAAAUCUCUAGGGCUUUUAUGCUCAAAUUUCCUCAAGCUCUACAACCGAGAUGAUGUUGAAUCGGUCGGAUUGGAUGAAGCAGCUAGCCGAUUAGGGGUUGAACGGCGGCGGAUCUAUGACAUUGUCAAUGUAUUGGAGAGUGUUGGAGUUCUUGCGAGGAAGGCUAAGAAUCGGUAUUCCUGGAAAGGAUUUGGUGGAAUUCCCCAGGCUUUAGAAGAACUUAAGGAAGAAGCAAUAAGGGAAAACAAUGGAAGCACUUCAAUUAAUUUAAGCAGUGAUGCAAAGGUUUUUGAUGAUGAUGAAGAAGAGAAAUCCCCAAAUCGAAGCUGUGAAAGAAGAGAAGAGAAAAUAAGCCCAAGUUCUAGUAUUAACAAUCUUUCUUCAUCCUGUUCUCUCUCUGCAAAGAUCAAAACAGAUAAUAGAAGGGAGAAAUCACUUGGUCUUCUUACUCAGAAUUUUGUCAAGCUCUUCCUCACCAUGAAUGCAGAUACAGUCUCACUUGAUGAAGCUGCAAGGUUGUUGCUUGGUGACGAUUCAUCACAGAUGAGAAAUAAUUCCGCAGCUAAAGUUAGACGACUGUAUGACAUUGCAAAUGUGUUAUCAUCCAUGAAUCUCAUAGAGAAGACCCAUCAAACAGAUACUAGGAAGCCAGCAUUCAGAUGGCUGGGGAUUGAGGGAAAACCUAAUGCUGCUGCUGCAUUCUCUACAAAGUCCUUGUAUUCAGAUCAGCCCAAGAAAAGGGAGUUUGGGACAGAGAUCACCAACAUUGAUUUUAAGAGGAGUAAAGUUAUUUCAGAAGUGGGGGAAAAACAUAUCAGAAUGCAGAUGAAAUUUGAGGAUCCGUCUGCUGAGAGGAAUUGCAUUCAGAUGCAGGAGAAGCAACAGAGCUCUAAGGGUUAUGUCUUUGGCCCUUUCCGCCCGGUUGGUUUGCAGGAGACAGAGAAAGGCAAAAAAAGGGAUCAAGACUGGGACAGCUUGGCUGCCACCUUUCGGCCUCAGUAUCACAACCAAGCGCUGAGUGAGCUGUUUGCACAUUAUACGGAGGCUUGGAAAUCUUGGUACGUGGAAGUGUCUCAAGGUAGCAGCAACCACCAGACCCGAAAAGCCAUACAACUACCUUCCUAAAAUCACACAGAUCCUCUGUUCAUCAUCUAAAUGUACACCAUUGAGGAAUCACCAUGUGACUUUUUUUUUUUUCUUUUUUUUUCUUUUUAAAAAUUUUGUAUUUUCCUUUCUCUUUUUUUUUUUUUUUCUUGGCCAACGAAAGAUGGCAUUGGGUAACUGUGUAUGUCCUCUGUGCACAAACCGAAUAGCCAUCCUGUACCUUUUUUACUUGACUGACUCAUUGUAACAGAUCAUCCUUGUCUCUCUUUAAGGCUAAUUUUUAUAUGUGCC